AUGGGCUGUCGUGAAUUCUUGUUAGAUCUGCCAAUGUCGUCUUUGGCGGUGCGCUUGAGGUUUGGCGGGUUGGCUAGGUUGGCCGAGAUAGCAGGAGGAUCGGGGGCCUUAUUGCCGUUAGAUACCAAUAAGCUCAAGUUUGAGCUCGUCGACGUCAAGGGUCACUAUCUCACCUCCGAUUGGUCCAUCAAGGGUACAUACACCAUAGUUGAUAUGGUUGAAAAGGCUGUUGUCGCUCUUAGGGAAGAGCUUCAAGUCCAACAAGAGUCUCAGCUGGCUGAGGACGAGAAGAAGAAGGAUGAAAAAGAGACGCCCAGCAAGGAAGAGAACACCGAGACCAGCAGUAUGGAUCUCGUCCAGGUUUAG